CGUCAUUAAAUCCGACCCCCGCACGCCGUGCAGAUAUAUCUACUUAAAAUUCCAUCAGUCCCGCUCUCCAAACAGCGCUCCCUGCUUGUGUGCCACUGGCUUUACUCCCGAAGUUUGGGGAGAACGAGGAACACCUCCAAGACCGGUUGAAGUCGUCUUCAUUGCGUGGCUUUCUUCUUUCUGACAAACUUGAUCUCCUCUAUUAGAGGGACACAUUAAAUACGUCUGACGUUAAACGCAAAAUUCAACAAACUUUUGACAUCUUAGCAUUCACAAAUUCAUGAGAAAACAGCAAUCAAAAAGAUGAACUUGGACAUGGAUAAUCUGGACCCGGUGCCGUCAUUGAUUUCAACGAUUUCGUUUGAAGAUUCUGAUGAUGAUAACGAAACUACUACGAACAUGUUCGCACAGCCAGGCUGGCAAGUCGCGCUGUGGGCAAUAGCGUAUGCUCUGAUUGUAUUUGUGUCUGUCAUUGGAAAUGUCACGGUCAUUUGGAUAAUUCUGGCGCACAAAAGAAUGAGGACAGUGACCAACUAUUUCAUUGUGAGUCUGGCGUUCUCGGACGCUUCAAUGGCAGCGUUCAACACCGUGUUCAAUUUCGUUUACGCCUUGCACAACGACUGGUACUUCGGAUUAGGAUACUGCAGGUUUCAAAACUUCUUUCCCAUCACAGCAAUAUUUGCGAGCAUAUAUUCAAUGACAGCUAUUGCUGUGGACAGAUACAUGGCCAUCAUCCACCCACUGAAGCCCCGCCUCUCUUCUACCACCACGAAGGUGGUGAUUGGAGUGAUCUGGGCGGUGGCCUUCUCCUUGGCCUUCCCCCAGUGCUUCUACUCCAAAACCAAGUUUUACUCCCCCCGCACAGUGUGUCUGGUGGACUGGCCUGGUGACUAUGGGGGGAAGCACCAGCUCAGUUAUCAGAUUGCAGUGAUCAUUCUGAUCUACCUACUCCCCCUGCUGGUUAUGCUGGUGACCUACAGCCUGGUGGGCUUGUCACUGUGGGGCAGCGAGAUACCAGGUGAAGCUUCAGACCACUAUCAGAACCAGAUACGGGCCAAACGCAAGGUGGUGAAGAUGAUGAUUGUGGUGGUGCUGACCUUUGCGUUCUGUUGGCUGCCCUUCCACAUCUACUUCCUCCUGGGCAGCUUCAACAAGGACAUCUACAAGCAGAGAUACAUCCAGCAGGUCUACCUGGCCAUCUUCUGGCUGGCUAUGAGCUCCACCAUGUACAAUCCAAUCAUCUACUGCUGUCUAAACCACAGAUUCCGGUCGGGAUUUCGCCGAGCCUUCCGCUGGUGUCCGUUCAUCCGGAUCUCGGAGGAGGACCAGAUGGAGCUGCAGCACAUGAGGACCUUCCAAAUGACCCGAAGCUACCGCACAGAGACCACGACCGCGGUCCACCGCAACUCCACCGAGCAGGAGGAGACCACAGCUAAACUCAUAAAGGCCUGAGUACAGCGCCCACUGCAGGACGAGGGAGCACAGGGAAGAAACAAACACGGGCUCUCGCGGACGUGUGCAGUCGAGCGCAGUUCUUCUAUCUCACUGAAUACCUCACAGGAGAGCAUAGGUCUUGGUGUUGAAAAGCGGCAGGAACACAGGGAGGAAAAUACAGUAAACUCCCAUGGCAUGAGCACUAAGCCUUAUUCAUCACCGCCACUUCAUCACAGUGACAGUUUGCCUUUUCCCCUCAUUUUGAAAAUGUUAUCUGGGUGUUGUUUAAGUGUGUAACAGGGUGCAGGUGACUCUAGCUGUAAAUAGGUGCUUGUAUGUUGGAUGUAGUACAAUAUGUGCUGUGUGAUGUCAGUCGAUAGCUAUUCUACUGAUGAUAUUUUUCUGCUUAUCCUGCUUAACUGUUUUUCAAAUUUGAGACUGAAACAUGUGAUAGGUUGACAGAUCACACUGUAUAUAGGUGAGCCAGAAUAGAGGGAACAUUAUCAACACAUCCAGAUGAAUAUAAUGUUGGCUUUGAAAAACAGUCUGCUAUGUGUGAAAAAAAAAAUAUUCACUGUGAAGUCAGAGGACUCAAAUAUAGAGAAAACAAUGUACUAAGCACACAUUAUCAGUCUCAGGAGGAGACUCACAGAUGAAGUCAGACAGAGAGACAGACGGACAAACAGAGACUCAAACUUACACCUACUGCCUUCACCUUAUGUCCAGGGUGAGUAAUUACUCCAAUUUAGACCAGACAAGAAGGUGAAAGACUAGCUGUCUCCAAUGGGCAGGGACUCUGCCAGGAGUCCGGGGCCCCGUGAAAAGAUGCAACACAAUGAUGAUGACAUUGAUAAUAUUCUGCUCUAUUAAUCCAGACAUUUUGGGUAUCCAGCCUGUGGUUCUCUGAGCUAUUAACACUUCAUUGUAUCAGUAGUGUCCCAGUGUGUAGAUGAAUGUGUGAAAAAAGCCCUUAUUCCAAUCAUGACCAUCUUGUUAAUGUCCAUAAUGAGAUAAGUAAAACAUGAAACAUAAUGUAUAUUGUAUUGAAAUCAUUUUACACGAGGGAAAUAGUAACAAAUCAUUUUACACGAGGGAAAUAGUAACAAAGGUUCUACUGUUUGAUAUUGCAGGUUUAAAGACAUUAAGUAAAAAGGCUUAAAUACA